UGUGCUUAGUCGCCUUCGUCGCUUGGAACGCGAAACAUACGACAUUGCCAACAAUCCAACAGUCCGCCGCCAAUUCCCGAGCACCGUGCACCGCCGACCACGAGUUUUUGAAUUCAACAUUUUUGAACGUUACGUCAGUCGGUCCGUUGCAGCAGCAACAAAAAUAUUUUUGGCGCCGUUUUAUUUGUGCGCCGAGUGUGUUGCGUUUUGAAAUCGCUGCUAGCCAGGAGCUGGUAUUUCUAAAUCGCCUUCGAGCCAGGAGUUUUCGAGAUCAACAGCCCUGUCAGAAACGACAAAAACAAAAUACGAAAAGACUGCGUGAGGGACGAAACCACCAUCGAAUAUGACAACCUCAACGCGGAGCUCUAGCAACACGAACAGCAACAAUAACCACAACAACGACCGCGAGGAGCGAACCACCGCCAGCAACACCACCUACAGCCAGCACAGUCCAACAGGAUCGGGAUCCGGAACCGCAGGAGCCACCAUUGGAUCCACGAACCGAGUGAUGCAGGCGGACGAGGACUUCAACAUCCGCUUUGUCAACCUGGUGCGCACCCACAAAUGUCUCUACGACAAGAAGGUGCCGGAAUACCGCAACAGGGACAACCAGGAGAAGGCUUGGGUUCUUAUAUCGAAGGAGACGCGUGAAAGUGUAAUCCACUGCAAGGAGCGAUGGCGGAACCUACGCGCCUGCCUGUCCCGCUACAUAAAGCAGCAAUCCGGAUCGGAGCCGCAGCACAAGCCGUACUACCUGACCGAGCACAUGGCCUUCCUGCUGCCCUUCCUCAAGUCCAGUCGAAAUUCCCUGGAGGGCAACAAUAGUUUGGCUACGCUGUACCAAAUGUCGCAGCAACACCUGCAGCACCACCAGCCAUAUCUCCUCCACCCAGCCAUCCAUGCGCAUGAGGAGCACAAAUACUGCGCCAGCAGCAACAUCAAUAAUAAUAAUAAUAACAACAAUAUCAGCAAUAACGGCGAGGAGGUCCUUGAGCUCAAGUACUCGAUAUCGGAGAAGGACGACGAGGAGACCAUCGAUGCCUUCGAUCCGGCAGUGACCAACACCCUGGGUCUGAAGCGUCCUCCGUCCACGCCCACCCACAGUUCCGCCCUUCAGAGGGGCGGCGGAGGAGGAGGUGAUUCGCCCGCCAGGAGCGAAACGGCCAGUGCGGAUAGCAUGAAGAACUUCAUUCCGGAUGUGCAGCUGGCCGAGACUGGUUCGCAACUGAUGUACAAUGAUGGCGGACAUGGAACACCACCGCCCCUGCACUACCACCCGCACUCGCACUCGCAUCCACAUCCUCUGACCCUGGCGAUGGAUCAUCAUCCUUCCUUCGAACCGGGCAGCACCAAAAGAAUCAAGACGGAAUGCGAGGCCACCAGCACGUUGACAAAUUCGGGUGGUUUCUAUGGCGGACUGAGUUCAUCGGAACUGGCGGACAUGGAGUUCUUUCGCAGCAUCCUGCCAGAUCUGGCGGCUCUUACUCCCCAGCAGCGUCGCAAGUUCAAGAUUGGCAUCCUGGAACUGAUCGACGACGUGGUAACUCGUUAUCCCGCCCCGGAGCACUGCAACGGCGGAGGAGGAGGAGUGGUCAAUGGCAGUGGAGGAAGCAGCAAUGGGGGAUCGGUGAAGCAUCAAAGGCGCAGCUCUGGACGCGAUUGGCGAAAGCAAUGAAGGCGAGGUUGGAGGAACGGAAAGUCACUAAUCCUUAACUAGAAAUACGAUAAGUUAAGAUAGAAACUUAAUGUGGAACUGCAGUUGGAGUGGCUACUAAUCGGUGUCCAAGUCAACUUCAGUCUGCUCACUGUUCAUGUGUUGUGUGCGCUCAAUCUGUUGAGUAAGUAAAUGGGAUAGACUAAUUUUUCGUUCAAGAUGUUUGUUUCAUUUCAAUAUAGACAGAAUUUUUCAAGAAUUCUCCAAAAAACGGCUCUGCCUAAAUUGAAAUCAAACACAUUUC